AUGGCUGAGCUUGACGCGGAGGAUGUCGUGGCCCCUGAGGCUGAGCCGGAGGAAGAGGUGACGGACCUCAUGGGAGCCGUUCGUGGCGUACUCAAGAAGUCCCUGAUGGUGGACGGUGCAAUCCGAGGCCUCCACGAGGUUGCCAAGCACAUCGAGGCGUGCAAGGCCCAGGUGGUGUUCCUUUCCGAGUCUUGCAACGAAGCCACCUACAAAAAGCUCAUCCAGGGUUUGUGCGUGGAGAAGAAUGUGCCCGUGAUUGAUGUGCCUGACAACAAGAGCCUCGGCGAGUGGGCAGGCCUCUGCAAGAUCGACAAGGAUGGCAUGCCCAGGAAGGUCGUCGGUGCCAGCUGCGUUGCCAUUGUCGACUUCGGUGAGGAGGGCGAGGAGCAGAAUCGCCUUGUCGCGGCUUCACCCUUUUGUGCCCAGAGUUGCAUGACGCAGGCCUACAACUUCAUGAUGAAGAUCCCUCUGCUGCUGCCACAGUCCUACCUCAAGUUCAAGACGAGGCCCAGGCCCCGAGCCACGGAGCCACUGCAAGCUGUUUCCGAGGCCCUUUUUCCCGCCAUGAAGGGUGUCAAGGCAGCGGUGCGAGGGGCGCAGGAGACCCUGGGCUUCGACUCCCCGAGCCACAUGAAGGGCCUCCAGGUCUUCAUUGCAGACAUCCGCAACUGCCAGACCAAAGAGCAAGAGCGGACACGAGUCGACAAGGAGCUCUCGAAGAUCCGGCAGAAGUUUGCGAAUCCAAAGACUUUGUCUGGCUACGACCGGAAGAAGUAUGUGUGGAAACUGCUUUAUGCGUAUAUGCUCGGCUACGAGAUCGACGACACCGGCCACUUUCAGGCCGUGGAGUUGUGCUCCUCCCCGAAGUUCAGCGAGAAGACAGCGGGGUAUCUCGCGACCUCGCUGCUGCUGGCGGACAACAACGACAUGGUGCGGAUGAUCGUCAACAGCGUCAAGACCGACAUCUCCUCGGGCAAUGAGCACAUGGCGGCGCUUGCCCUGAACACGGUGGCGAACAUCGGAGGCCCGGAGUUUGCAGACAACCUCUUCACCGACAUCGCGCGGAUGAUCCUCACGCAGGCCAACGCGCUGUCGCCCUACGUGAAGCGCAAAGCCUGCAUCUGCCUCUUGCGGCUCUAUCGCAAGGAGAACGACGGCUUGCAGCCAGAGGUCUGGUCUCCGAAGCUCGCGGUGCUCUUCAACGAGCAGGACAUCGGCCUGUUGACGUCAGCUAGUGGCUUCAUGCUGGGCAUCUUGGAGAUGGGGAAGUUUCCGGCGACGGGCCCGGGGCAAGGGAACAAGGAAACUGCAAAGAAGGCUGUCCUGCCAUCGGCCAUCCUCCGCCAGCCUUCCUGGCUCUGGAGUCUGGACUGA